AUGGCCACCGUCACCCAGCAGCAACAGUCUGGCCCUACUCCCCAGCCUCUGCAGCAGCAGCAGCCGCAACAGCAACAGCUCAAGCUCAACCCCUCAGACCCAAAUCCUGGCGCAGCGCUAUCAUGGGAGGGCGACCGCAUGUUUAAUAUAUACAUCUACGACUACUGCCACAAACGAGGGUUUCUCAAGACGGCGCAGGAGCUGCUAAGCGAGGCAGACCUUCCACCCGAUGCCACACCCCCGAUCAACGCAAAGCAGGGUCUACUGUUUGAAUGGUGGAGCGUAUUCUGGGUGCUGUUCACUACGAAGAGUAAUGGGAAUGGGCCGGAGGAUGCUCUCCUCUACACUCAGCAUCAAAACCAACAGACGGCAGUCCGACAGCAACGACUUCAAGCGCAGGCGCAGGCGCAGGGUGGCUUAGCUCUGCACGGCGUAGGUCAAACUGUUACCACCAAUGGCCCUCCACAACCCGGCCCACCUGGCUCAGCUACCGGCCCUCCAAUGCGAACGAUGAAUGGUAUGCCUCGCCAGGGCGGCCCAGGAGCUCCUUCUGUAGGCCCAGGACCCCCACCUAACUCUGGCUUCCUUCCCAACGGCAUGACUAACGGUACUCUACCAAAUGGCGCACCUACGCCAAAUUUCGGCAACCAAGGCAUGCCCAACGGCAUUGUAAGCAGUCCUGGCUUUGCAGGUAUGAACCCCCAACGUCUUCCUCAAGGCGCACCCGGCGUGGGCGUUGGUCCCCCCGGACAGCGGCCGAACGGUAUGGGCGGUCCGCCGUUCCAGCAGAGCCCGACGAUGGCGAACUCACCGAACAGUGGGCCUGGCGGGCAAUCUGGGCAGCAAGGACCUGGAGGCCAGGGUGGUGGUCCGAUGCAGCAAGGGCAGCCAGCAGCAGGACAGCCGAUGAACCAGAUGGGGCCAGGCCCGCAUGGGAUGGGGGGGACGAUGAGUCGACCUGGAACGAGCGGCGGGCUCCCGGGUGGGAAUCCUAGCGGGUCAAUGUUGCCGCCUAACUCAGGCCAGCCAGGCGGCGGUCCGCAACCAGGGAUGAACAUGCAAGGCCAAGGAUCGACGCCUGGAUAUCGGCCACCAAGUCGCACCAACACGCCGGGCAGUGGAGGCAUGAUGGUUCAGCAGAGUCCGUCUUUGAUGAACCGGCAGGUUCCAGGCGCACCUGGUCAGAUGGGUAUGGGUAUGUCUCCCGGUAUAAUGUCUCCCAAUAAUAUGGGUAUGUCGCCAGGGAUGCCACCGAACAUGGGCAUGGGCAUGGGCAUGCCUCUUCAGGCCGUCCUCGCCGAAUUUGCCCAGAUACAGCCCUUGUUGCUAAAGCAAUACAAGUCUGAGAUAGGCAUGCCAGACACCAAUCAACCGUUGUCAGAUCAAGACAAGAUGAGAAUCGUGGGCCACCAUCGAGCGAAGAGGGGGCAAGCAGGUGUAAACGCUGCUGCCGGUCCUUCAAUGAUGAAUAGACCACCUAUGCAACACCCUGGUCAGCGGCCUCCUGGACCCCCGGGUCCCUCCGGUCCACAGUCAGGUCAACGUGCCGGAAAGCGAAACAGCACGUCUCCUGGUGAAGAGCAUGGAACUCUUCCUGGGCAAAAUGACAGCCAGUCGUCACCGCGAAGCGCCAAACGAGCACGACACUCGCCAACGCUCGAGCAUCCUAUGUAUCAACAGCAGCAGCUCGGCCAGCCAGGCCAGCCCCAGCAGCCCGGAGGUGGGCCGAAUCACCAACCUGGUGGACCGGGCGGGCUAGCCGGUACUCCCUCUAUGAAUCCUCAGCAGCAACAGCCGCCAAUGAAUAUCAUGCGUCCGAACCCGAUGGGUGGUCCGAUGAUGGGCGGCCCACCACAGUCCAUGAUGGGGGGCGGUCCAGGUCCCAGCGGUAUGCAAGGUCCACCAAUGGGUGUCAACGGCCCUUUUGGUCAAGGAAUGGCUGGUGGCCCGAUGGGCAAUAUGAUAAUGAGCCCCGGAAUGAGCCACCCCCAAGCGGGAGGCAUGCGGACACCCCAGAUGCUCUCGACUGAAAUGGCAUAUCGACACAACAUGCAAAACAUACACAAGCAGCCCAUGGCCGGUAACGUCGGGUCCCCCGCCGCGAACGCUGACUCGCCCUUCAACCCUGGCGGACCAAGUGGCUCGGGGACGCCCCAGUUCAAUCCUGGGAACCGUCCGGGGCCUGGGCCCGGACCUCAGCAACAAAAUAAGCCGAUGAAUAGCAUGGCGCCGCCUCCGUCUCCGGGCAUGAAGGACCAGAACACGGGAGGACCGAAGGAUGGGAACAACGCGUUGGGGAAUGGGCCCAAGCCUGGUGGCCCUGGCGGAUCGCCGCAGAACCAAGCUAUGGGGAGACAGACGCCGACUGCGACGGGUACUGCUCCGCCAACGCCAGCGCCUGGAGCCGGUAUGAGUAACGGACCCCCUCCCCCAUCAACGCCAAACAACAACCCCAUGACCGCUCCCUCGCCAUCUUCCAUGCUAUCUAUGAACGGUGGCGGACCAGGUAUGCCCACGGAUCUGUUCAGCACAGACUUCAUUACCAGCGUGGCAAACACUCUGGACGACUUCGAUGCGUCGAGCAUAUUCCGGCCAGAUGGUGAUAUCAAUUUUGAGAGGGACUUUGGGCAGUGGUUCAAUGGGGACGAUACUAUGGGCGGAGGACUAUCAUAG